AGCAAUCCCUCGCAAUCCUCACUUUUUGUGAGGUCAUAUAUCACUCUAAAGCAUCGUUCAUCACACCAUAUACACCAUAGACCAUAUAUUUCAUCGUAUCAAUGAUCGUAAUUGACAUUUUAAUAUUUUGUCGUACUGCAAACAGCGAUGAAAUAUUGAAAUCCAAUUUGAGGUCAUCGCAGUCAAGUACAGUCGUUUACAUGUGGAGCUUUUCACUCUAUUUUUCGCCAUAAUUGUACAUUUAAUUCAGUAGUUUUGGCAACAAUCGCUACUUUUUGUAUUAAAUGAGCGUAGUUUGCUGUCAAUGACAUGUUUGUGGGGGGGCGUUCUUGUCAGAAGACUGGAAUGGAGAUGAUAUUGUUCAUCUAAUGUGGCUCCAUGAAUGAAAGGACGAGUCAGGACGAAGACGAUCAAGAAGGCCGCCAGGGUCAUCAUCGAGAAGUACUACACACGCCUGGGCAACGACUUCCACACCAACAAGAAGGUGUGUGAGGACAUCGCCAUCAUUCCCAGCAAACCUCUUCGCAACAAAAUCGCCGGUUAUGUGACCCACCUGAUGAAACGCAUCCAGUGCGGUCCAGUGCGAGGCAUCUCCAUCAAGCUGCAGGAGGAGGAGAGGGAGAGGAGGGACAACUACGUUCCGGAGAACUCUGCUCUGGACCAGGAGAUCAUAGAAGUGGACCCGGAGACUAAAGACAUGCUGAAGAUGCUGGACUUUGGUGGACUUUCCAGACUCCAAGUGACUCAACCCAUUAUUGGCAUGAACUUCAAGACCCCACGAGGACUAUAGACCCUUUUACUUCUUAAAUAAAGUCAUAGAAUUAUUUCCAUCAA